AUGCUUGCCCCGACUGGAUUGAUGCCAGCUGUAGUCAAUUGCCUCCACAGCAUCAUAUUUCUCGGACACACCACAUGGCCAGGCGCUUUCCCCUCCGGAAAGAUGGCAGAAUUCUACCGUUUUGUGCUUGCAUGCGCCCAAUUGGCUAUCAUUUGCACAGUCAACCUUUUGUGUGUAUGCCUAUGCUUGUGGACACACGUUGCUCACAUGCGUCUUAGUGCCACCUUGACGAUCUGCCUCUGGCACCAACAGAAAUACCACUUCUCACGAUGUCUCCAACCUGACGGGCUCGGAGUGACUGUAUCUCCUCCCCCCUGCCCCAGUGUCAUCCACCUAUUCCGGACGGUCUCUGCCAGGCUGUAUGAUGGGUGUGAAACCCAAGCCGUCUUGGCCAGAAGGGCAAUAACAAAAAGCCCCGGAGACAGACUUUCGUGGGGUGUAGAGGGCAGAGGGCAGAGGACGGCGGACGGCGGACGGCGGAUUCUGUGCAUUCUCCAGACAGACGGCACUGUGAACAGCUCGAUGUUUGUCGCAUUAGAACGCUGGUCUUUCGUACGAGAUGUCCCUUUGUGUUGCCAUAACAACUGGGGCGCAGGGAGAGAGAAUAGCGCAAUGAUGCUGAACUCGUGGCUGACGCGAAUCCGCCAGCUCCAAUACAGGGGCUUCUGUCUCACACUUCACGUUCAGUCAGUGGUAGCUCCAGUUCCAGACCGUCAGGACAUUCCACAAAGGCGGCUUCUUCGAUGCAGAGCAACCCUCGGAGAGCAGGCUUCUUUCAGACUUACAUGGUACUUGCCUAGGGGUGGUGCUGACAAGAUUGGGGGGAUUGGAGAGAUGACCUGGCGAAAGGAAAUGGCCUUCCCACGCUCUGGCUGCUAUAGUCAAAAUCCAAAAUGGGCUGUUUGUUGUCUUUUUUCAGUCAACAGUCUACAAAACGGUCUGAAUAUGGCAAGAGAACCCAGUUGCUUAGGCUGGCCCGAAUUUAGAUCUUUCUUGCGCGCACACACAUAA